GCUCCAGCGUCGCUCGCUCUGACCUGCGGCACCCAACUCCUCUUUCGACCGUCUAGGUGUUCGCAUCCCACAAACACACCGACAACAAGCCAAACCGACGACAACGACGAUAUCGACGAUAUCGACGGACUAUCCCGAUCAUUGCCGGCCAUGUCGACCGCCCCUUUCAGGGUCAAGGCCCUGUUCGAAUACUCCUCGCCCCACGAGGAUGACCUUCAGUUCCCCGCCGGCGUCAUCAUCACCGUGACCGACGAGGAGGAUGCUGAUUGGUAUACUGGCGAGUAUGUCGACGACUCUGGCGCCAAGCACGAAGGAAUCUUUCCUCGCAAUUUUGUCGAGAAAUUCGAGCCCCAGGCCCCGCCUCGCCCAACGAGAACUCGAACCAAGAAAGAGGCCGAGGUCACGUCCCCCAUCUCGGAGGCGCCCGCCCCAGUUCCUCAAUCCGAGCCUCAACCCACCCAAGAAGCUCAUGCCGAGGUCGAGAAACCUACGCCAUCCCCGGCCGCUGCCGUGCCUGCCUCGCCCGAAGCACCCGCAGCUCCCGAGCCCGAGCCUGUAAAGGCACCUGAGCCAAUCCCCGAACCGACCCCGGUAGCUCCGGCUCCCAGAACUGAGUCCCCCGCAGCUACGUCGCCUCCCAUCGCCAAGGCAGCGCCUGCUUCAUCAAAGCCCGGCCCGCCGCCCAAGCCGUCCAGCAAUGCCUUCAAGGAUCGCAUUGCUGCAUUCAACAAAGCCUCGGCCGCUCCUAUUACGCCCUUUAAGCCGAGCGGGCUAGCCCAAGGUUCCUAUCACAUCAAGAAGCCGUUUGUGGCUCCUCCUCCUAGCCGCAAUGCAUAUGUUCCCCCGCCUACGCAGGCACCGGUUGCAAAGGUCUACCGAAGAGACGAGGACCCGGAAAUUCUGGAAAGAGAGGCAGAGGCCCAGGAGAACGCUGAGAAGGCCGGCAUGGCUCCUGGUCCCUCUGGCGAAGAUGGUGAGGAUGCGCCGAAGCCGACCACCUUGAAGGAGCGCAUUGCUCUUCUUCAGAGACAACAACAGGAACAAGCACAGCGUAACGCCGAGGCCGCUGCCAAAAAGAAGGCUGCACGACCACCACCUAAGAAGCGCACCGACAGCCAGGAGGCUUCUGAGGAUGCCGGCGCUGCUCCUGCCCCUGCACCUGAGGGCGAUACGGAGGAGGUAGCAGGCCGGAGCUCGAUAGAUUCAGCUCGUGUGCCGCCCGCGCCCCGCCGCAAGCCUUCCAAGGGCCCUGCUGCCGAGAGCUACCAUGACGGCAAUGAAGCGGACAUGUCUGGGGCUGGCGACACUACCGAAGGCCCUGAGGAUCUCACCGAACGCGACGAUAGUGACGCGGCUCCACGGCCUGUCCUGCGGCCCCAAGUCGCUUCUCCUAUCGAAGCAAGAAAAGAGGAGGACGCAGCCGAUGAGCAGGGCGGAGAUGAGGAAGAAGAGGAGGACGAUAUUGACCCCGAGGUUCGCAGGAAGGAGGAGCUCAGAGCCAGGAUGGCGAAAAUGAGCGGCGGCAUGGGAAUGCACGGCAUGUUUGGGAUUCCAAUGGCUGCUCCAGCUAUACCCAAGAAGAAGAAGACAAUCGAGAAGCCAGUGGAGGCAUCGCCGACGGAGGAGCACGAAGAGGAGACAUCGCCUACAAGCCGUGUCGCCGUACCGGGCAUGAUGGCAUUGCCAGGGCUGAGCGCACCCAAACGUCAAGAAGAGGCUACUGAGCCUGAGCCGCCAACAUCCCCUAGAGCGCCACCUCCGCCUCCACGAACAAUUGAAGUCGACGAUGACAGAGACGAGCCAAUUACGAGCCCACCUCCCAGUCUCCCUGCCCGUGAGCCCGCAGGAGCUCCUCCUGUUCCAGGAUCCCGGCCCGCGGCGCCGCCCGUUCCCAGCGAUUCUCGACCCGCUACCUCUGGGCUCAAAUCUCCCAGUGAUGGCUCAGUAUCCGACGAUGAGCUAUCAGGAGGUGUCCUAGACACUCCCAAGGCCGAAGAAGCGCGAGCACCCCCGCCACUGCCGCCAGUUGCAACCGCCGCACGCUCGCCACCUCCCAUUCCCGGCUCCGAAUUCUCACCAACAUCUCCCACCAGCUCCUCGGGCAAGCGGAUGAGCAGAAUUCCGCCUCCUAUCCCUGGAGCUGCUCCUCCUAUCCCUACAGCACAAUCGCGACCGCCUCCCCCACCACCUCCAGGCGGUAGUCUGAGCCGUCAGUCGACGCAGGAUAUGCACGUCGCAUCACCCAUAUCACCACCGAUCAGACCUCCUCAACAGGGUGACGAUGAGGACGAGGCUACAGAGUAUGAGGGAGAUUACGAUACUGACAUUGCGUCGUCGGUUCCCCACAAAGACGCACUCAAAUCUCACGCCAGGGACUCCAGUCUCGACGACAACACGCCAGUCAGAUCACCCACAUCCCCAGCCCUACCACCGACCAUGCCGCCACCUAUCCCGACUGGCCCGCCGCCUAGAGCUGCUCCGCCACCGGUGCCGACGGCUGAUAAGCGCCGCUCUGUGGAUGUACCGCGAACAGCUCCUCCUCCCCCUCCGCCAGCAAGGGACGAUGACGAGUACGACCCCUAUAACUACUCCACCCAAAAGCUACCGUACUCUCAGCGUACCCCAAAGAUUGAAGAGGAGGGAUACUUCCAGGAUGAUGCUCCGCCGUUGCCAUCGCCGUCUCACACGAGAGCCCCGCCUCCCGCCCCUCCCGCUGGCCGGUCUCGCCAAUCACUGGAUGUGUCACGAGCCUCCAUGUCUCAGCGACGUUCUAUGGAUGCGCACCGACCGUCCAUGUCCACAGAAUCAGGCUUCAUCGCUAACAACGUCGAUUUGGCCAAGCAAAGUGGUUGGUGGCGUCAGGACAAGACGGUACCUCCCGUUUUCCAGGGUAGAAAGGACUUGUAUUAUGAGACGGACGACUCGACAUCAGGCUCGAUUGUCACACGCACCAUUUAUGUGCUCUUCCAAGAUUACUCGCAGACGAUCAUCACCGUGGAGUACGAUCAGAAUAACGCUGCCGAUGUUCAGCUGGAUCAACGGCAUGAUCCGCCUCCAAGAGCCUUGCGACAGGAUGAGCUCGAGCAAUCGUAUGAACGAUUUGGACGACCAAUCUCUGAAGCGGUCGUCUCCAAGAAGGAAACGAUUGUUGGCGACGGAACGCCGCAAGGCCUUAUUCAUGAACUCUUGAAGCCUUUCAAUGAUGCUCUGGCGCCAAUUGGAACCAGAGCUUAUGGCUCGCUCGUUUACUCCAACAUGGCCAAUGCCUCCACACAACAAAAUGACCAGAUCCGACCUGGAGAUAUCAUUUCCAUUCGGAACGCUCGGUUCCAGGGCAAACACGGCCCCAUGCAUGCCAAGUAUUCAAUGGAGGUCGGCAAGCCUGACCACGUGGCGGUUGUAUCGGAAUGGGAUGGCACAAAAAAGAAGGUUCGCGCCUGGGAACAGGGCCGCGAAAGCAAGAAGAACAAGGUUGAAAGCUUCAAGCUGGACGACUUGCGUAGUGGUGAGGUUAAAAUCUGGCGGGUGAUGCCCCGGAGCUGGGUGGGAUGGAACAGCCCGUCUUAG